AUGUCACGACGACACGCAGGACCAGCGGUGCAGGCCAGGCCCUGCCAUGCCCGGGUCCUCUUCGGUCUCGUUCUAGACACGGUAGAUGCUGACUUUGCAACGUUUUCGUUUGCACGCAUACUUGUGAGAGCUGAGGAAACUGACCGCGCCUACCAUCUCUCCCACACAGAUUAUCGAGAGACAGCCGCCAAGUUUCAAAAGGAGUGGCACAUCCAAGAGCCUCAUCGGCAUUUUGAAUUUGCGCCUCACGUCAAGAGCCAUGCAUUAGUCUCGGUCAUCAAUCGAGGACUGCUGUAUCACUCCCUUGAGCGCGAGUUCAACUCCCAAUCACAGGUCGCCCAUGAUGCGGCGGCACCUACCGAAGAAGAACUACGGGGCGUCUUUGGCCCUCUAGUCGUGCAGCCACCUGUGCAGCACAAGGAAGAGGAGGAGGAGGAGGAGGAAGCUGUCGCUGAGACGACGGCAGCAGCGGCUGCACUGGUUGAGGAUGUCGAACAGUCGCGCAAACGGCAAAUUGACAAGCAGCAAGCACCGCUGGCCAACGGGUCGCCCGCCAAGCGGCAAAGACUGAGUAACGGCGGGUUUGAGAAUGGGGCGGAAUCAGCCAUCACCCCCAUGGAAAUUGACAGCCACGCCGACAACCACGCGUACCCCUCGCCAAUGGAAGGCGAGCCCGCCCAGACUCCCACCCUCAGGAACACAGACGGCCCAGACCAGGGCACGCAAAUCGACAAGGUCGAAGAGCUCACCACGGAAACCAUCUUUCUCAGCCUGACGCCCGACGAGUCAUCGUCGUCAUCAGCAGCAGCAGCAACGGCGGCAGCCACAGCGACAGCGACCACGACAGCGGCGGCGGCGACGACAGGGACCGCUACAGGGGCGGAAACGUCAGCUUUGCGGGCUAACGAGAACCCUAUUGUUCUGCAUUGCGAGUGGAACCCCAGGGACCCAUCCAUCCUGGCGGCUGCCGGAACAGAUGCGCUAGCCCGCGUUUGGACCGUCUCUCGUGCCACCGACGCUGAGCUUGCCGCGGAUCACGUGAACGGCGUCAACCGCCCCUUCAACAGCCUCGUCGAGGACUCGUUGCCGCGCGAUGCCACCGUCACCGCCAUGGCCUGGAACUGGGACGGCUCUGCCAUUGCUGUCGCCACCGAGGCCGGCGCCAACCAGGCCCACAUUGGCAUCUGGGGCGCUGACGGCACCGAGAUCACCACCUUCAAUGUCCAGGAGCCCCCCAUCUUCAAGCUGCGGUGGAACCCCAACAACAUGUCCAUCUUGGCCAUAUCGCCCGAGAACGGCGGUGCUAUCGUCACCAUCUUCUCCUCUACCACCUCGACCACCGCCACCUACUCGUUGCCCCACCACGAUCUCGGCCAGGAUCCUCCCCUGGACGCCGCCUGGACCAGCGAGACCGAGUUCCUCCUGUGUGGCGGCGAGCUGCUCAUCUCUCUCCGCUACACGGGGGAUACCAUUGUCGAGAAUAGGCAAUUCGACACUCGGAAAGACGACAGCUUUGCCAUGGUGCAAUUCGAUUGGAGAUCGAAACUUGCAGCCACGGCGAGUGAAAAGGGUGUGAUCGAUCUUUGGGAUGCGACAGGUCAGCGCCGCUCCAUUUCGGCCCACGUCGGUGUCAUCACCGCCAUGAUGUGGCAACCACUCGAGUCCAACCCUGCCGAUGAUGAGAGGCUACUUGCCUCCGGGGGUGAAGACGGCGCCAUCUCGAUCUGGAACGCGCGGCAACCCGACAACAAGCCCAAGUGCUCAAUGACCAUGGACACAGACCUCCCCAUCGUCGCCCUAGCGUUCACCCCUGACGGUGCCUUUAUUGCCGGUGCCACGACAGACCGAGUCCUCAUCUGGAAGGUUGGCGACCACGCGAUACCCCGAGCCAGCUGGAGCAGGGCACCCCACCCGGGCUGGCUCAGUCCUAAGAUGGACAGCGACUCGGAAGUGGAGGAGACUCAUUAUUCCUUGUGUUGGGAUGCAAACGGUCAAAAGCUGGCUUAUGGCGCCAACAGCCGGCUGGCUGUCAUCAAUUUCAGGUGA